AUGGCCACUAACGAUCCCGAUUCUCACUUGUUCGUCGAGAUCGAUCAGGGUCUGAAUCUCGUAGUGGAUCCUCCGAUUCCUCCGACGGGUGUGUUCCUUAAGGCAAAGUCGAAGAAGGACCUCGAUAAAUCGAUGAAGGUCUUUAACCUCAAGCGAUCCUAUCGAAACUUCUCUUUUUGA